AUGUUCGAGGAAUUCUGUAAUUGGAUCCCUGCAAUGAAAGAUAAGCAAGAUUACAAUAGAGAUGGAAGUUGUGAAGUUCUAGCCAUGGUUAUUCGACUAUCGAGUCGCAGAGUUGGAUUUUCAGUUACUGAUAAUUAUAUUGAAAGAGAAAUACCACUACACAAAGAAGACAAGCACGUAGAAGAGAGAAAAGCUGUGGUACUGCAAGAUACUAGUUUUCUUCAAGAAGUCGAAAGGCUGGACGCUCUGGAAGCAAAAUUUGAGGAUUAUCUAAAAAGAGCCCAACAUUUUUGUAACCAACAAAUAAUUGAACAACGUAUCAAUGAGUAACAUACAUAACUUGGGUGUCUUUCUCAUAAGAUUGAUUUGAGUACCUAAUAAUAAUAAUAAUUUUAAGUUAAUCCACUCUUCUUCACAAUAAAAUAUACACCUCUGUAAUGUGCGCUGUUAUGUUGCUUUGAGUCUUUAUAAAUUUAUUAUAUAUUUACUUUUUUAUUUUAACCAUUUAUAGGUAUAUAAUCUAUAUUGAGUCUUUUUCUUUGUAACAAAUGUGGGAGCUCACUAUAUCACAAUGUUUUGCUUAUAUCUUGGAACAUUCAUAAAGACGAAAUGGUCACAUGAUUUGCUAUUGAAUAAAAAACCCACAGUAUUAGUUCCGUUUAUGAAAUAUCAAAAUAUUUAAUUAAAUGUAAUAUCCCGUCCCAGUAAACAUGGAGACGUCUUAAUGUUGGCAUUUUUAGGGACAUUACUGACGUACGUUGAGCAACAAAAAUGACGUUAUUGUGACGGUCAAAUAUCACGCCCAACUGACGUCAUAGUAUGCCGUAUGAAAGACCAAAUACAAAGUUGGUAUAACGUGUACCAAGCCUUAUUGACCAAGUGGCAGUACUAUCGUCCCUACUACAUUGUACCACAAUGUAUCUAAAAGACGACGAAGCCAUCGCGAUUUCGGUCAAACCGAUAUAAAUAUCAAAACAAAAUGGCCGAACCAUUGCCAACAAUAUUAUUGUUAGAAGAGUCAUAUUAACAUAUUUUUGGUCAAAGAAUUCCUGAUACUUUUUUAUAAAUAAAAAUAAAGUAUUUGGAUAUCUAGUUUACGAUACUAUUCAUUAAAAAUCUUUGAACGUUAGCGUGGAUUUUUUAGUACUGAAUGUCCUAAAAAAGACGUCAAAAUGACAGCUACUUAAAGGACGUGUCGCUGUCAUAAAGUUGGCGCCACUAAAUACGUCAUUUUUUAGUCAAUGGCGUUUCCGACCAAAAGUGACCGGAUAAUGACGUCAUUUUGGCGUCAUCAUGCUCACUGGGAUAUUUUAUUGCACAUUCGGAUAGUCUCUUCCUCAGGAAGAAGAUGACAUACCUUUUCUACAGUGUUUUGAUCUUGUUUGCUAAAGCUAAACCGCGUACAUAAAUGUGAAUCUGAUGUCUUUUUGGUAUUGGGAAUGAUAGAGGUGCCAAAGAUAUUUUUUACAUUAAAUUUUACCCAACAAGGUGGUCAAAAGAAGUUGAAAAUGACCUCGAAAUCGCGAUACGAUAAUCCUUUCGGCAGAUAUUUAGGCCAUAAAUGGUUUUUUCGAAUUUUUUACUGGUUUGUCGCACUUUAACCAAUUUUAUUACUUUAAACUAUGUGAAAGGACAAAUCGUUGAAGUUCUAAGAUAUCUUUAUUUCUCGAUAAACACCAAUUGUCUCUUUGUGGAAUCUUUUAAACUUCAAAAAUUUUUUAGGUGAU